CCAGAUGACACGUUUCGAGAAGAUUUUUUUGGAGGAGAAAGAGAAGAGAGAGAGAGAUGGUGGUGACUCUGAAGUCUGAAGCUCGGAACUAAACUGAAAAAAAAAAAAAAAAAAAAAAACUGAAGCUUUAAAAAGAAAGCAGAAGAAAUGGUACAGGUUCUUCAAACAUCACCAGUGCUCCUUCAAUGUUGUUCCUCGUCUCCUCCAAAUCCCAGGGGAAUGGGAGGAAAAAUAAUGCUCAAGUGCUCUUCUGAGCACACUAUAGCCAGUAAGCUUGUGACCAGACAUGUAUUAUCCGGGAUUGCUGCUUCGAUGAUCUUUCUCUCUCAGACACACCAGGUUGUUGCAGCGGAUCUAUCUCAUCAAUCCAACAUAUGCCAGCUUGCUAAUGUCCUGGAUGGCACACCAACUCUUCCACUUGAUGAGGGUUCUGAUGAAAGAGGCAGGAAACUAAUGAUGAUGAGAGGUAUGACAACCAAGGAUUUUGACCCCACUAGAUAUUUGGGAAGAUGGUUUGAAGUUGCUUCACUCAAACGUGGAUUUGCGGGACAAGGGCAAGAAGACUGUCACUGUACUCAGGGUGUAUAUACAUAUGAUAUGGAGACACCCUCUAUCCAAGUCGAUACAUUUUGUGUUCAUGGAGGACCCAAUGGAUAUAUUACCGGCAUUAGGGGAAAGGUUCAAUGCCUUUCAGAAGAAGAUUCGGAUAAAAAUGAGAGUCAACUAGAAAAGCAGGAGAUGAUAAAAGAGAAAUGUUAUCUUCGUUUUCCAACGAUACCAUUUAUCCCCAAGGAGCCUUAUGAUGUGAUUGCUACUGAUUACGACAAUUUUUCUCUUGUUUCGGGAGCAAAAGACAGAAGUUUUAUUCAGAUCUACUCAAGGAAACCCGACCCUGGACCUGAAUUCAUAGAGAAGUACAAAGCUUACUUGGCGAACUUUGGGUAUGAUCCGAGCAAGAUCAAGGACACUCCACAAGACUGUGAGGUAAUGUCAGACAGUCAGUUAACCGCAAUGAUGUCCAUGUCUCGAAUGCAACAGGCUCUAACCAACCAAUUCCCUGAUCUUGAAUUGAAGGCUGCCAUCGAACUAAAUCCAUUUACUAGUGUAUUUGAUACUCUGAAGAAGCUCUUUGAGCUGUAUUUUAAGUAGUUAUCGGGUUCAAUAAAUUGUGGGCGUGCUUUUGUGCCUUACAUCAUAUAGAGCAACAGAGUUAACUAUGUGGGAUCGCAUGCAUAAUUUAAAUAAGGAAUUCAACGCCAUUGAUUAAUA